AUGGUUAUAAGAUCGAUUAGAAAGGAGAAAGCAUCGAGUGAAAAGAACAUUAGAAAUGAGAAUAACCCCCCAAAGGAUUUAAUCGGAAAAGAUCCGGAGAAAAAAAAGAGGCGGAAUAAGAAACCUGUGGAGACGUACAAAACAUACAUCUUCAAGGUCUUGAAGGAAGUCCAUGGUGACAUUGGGAUCUCCAAUAAGGCGAUGGAGAUCAUGAACUCGUUCGUUAAUGAUAUGUUUCAAAAAAUUGCACAAGAAGCUUCUAAAUUAGCAAAAUACAACAAUAAGAGCACCUUAUCGGCAAGGGAAAUUGAGGCUGCUGUCAAACUUGUGCUACAUGGAGCCUUGGCUAAGCAUGCUGUGCAGGAAGGCACCAAGGCUGUAGCAAACUUUAUAAGGUCUUAG